CUGCCCGCUGUUCCUCUCUACGCACUGGUUCGAUAUGGCUUCGUCGUUUUGGAGAGGUGUUGUCGGUGUCGGACUUUUUGCCUUAGCCCACGCAGCUUUCUCGGCGGCACAGCAUCGAUCUUACAUGCGACUCACAGAGAAGGAGCAUGAAACGCUACCCAUCGACAUUGUGUUGCAGACCCUGUUUUCGUUUGUGAUGACGUGUUACGGGAUCGUCCACAUCGCUGGAGAGUUCAAGGACAUGGACGCUUCGUCAGAGCUAAAAGACAAGACAUUUGACACGCUGAGGAACCACCCGUCGUUCUACCUCUUCAACCAUCGAGGUCGAGUUUUAUUCCGCACGCCGGAGGAGGAGUCCUCCUCCGUCCCCCAGCAGGCUCUCCCCAACCCCAUCAGGCUACGCAAGCUGGAGCAUUUGCACUGAGACGGCCUUUGCUGCCGGGAGCGUUGUCCCAGCAGGGUUUGGUUCCCGUCAGACAGAGUGAGACCGGCUGAGUUUACCUUCUUCCACUUCAGUUUAUUUAUUAGCAAACUAACAUGCACCUCUGUCCAUGAAGCGUGCACCUCCUUAUCCCAGCUCUGACUGUGCCAACCCUUCUGCCCUCCACACCUUUCCUUGUACAUACGCUGAAUAACGGGCGGCCGAAGAUCCUCGUCUGCCUUUAGUCUUCUCACUAAAUCAGUUAGUAGAUUUUGUUUCCACGAGUUUAACGGCCUGUUUUUGUUACUGCUCCGUUUUAACCAGUCGUCAGUUGUUGUGACUGAAGCGAGUUUUACUUCACAGAACUCUGGACACGACUCCCGCUCGACUUCCUGGAAGCAGGAAACGGUUUUUUGUUCAUGUUACAGGAUUUCAGGAAACAGCUGUUGUGACUGGCUGAAUUAAUCACAUUUGUUUUUGCCUCAGUUUUACAAGAUUGGAUAAUGUUUUUAAUUUAAUAAAAUUAAUAAUUUUACUCUGUGUCAGGAUCUUUUUUGUGCUCAUCAGUCCGAUUGCAAUUUGAUUCACUUAAACUUUGUCUUUUUG